AUGCGUGGAUCACUCUCGCGAGUCGGACACGGCUGGCAUGGACCACGACGGAGAUCGGCGUCGACAAGACUCCCCGACGUGCUGUCCGCGGUCAGCGUGUCUCUUCCCUCGAGGACGGCCCUGUUGGCGAGCGCCUGCUCGCUGGGGCACUUCGGGGCCCCAGAGGCGGCCGACGCCCUCUUCGACGAGCUCCUCGGGCGCGUCCUGGCGGAGGGGCUGACCGCGGAGCGGCCCCCGAGCUGCUUCGGGGGCCUGCCCGCGGCCAUGCGCGGCAGGCUCGCCGAGAGGCUGCUGCCGGGGGCCGAGGAGCUCCCCGCGCUCAGCGCGGAGGCCGUCGAGGGCUGGCUGCUCCUGCUCCACGACCUGCCCCUGGCGGUGGCCGGCGCGCCGGGAGCCCUCGACCCGUCGCGCCUCUGCUCGGCGAUCGAGGGCCUGGCCGCCGAGCUGCUCGGGCGGCCCGCGGCGGAAGUGCCCCCGCCCGCGCUCUGCGCCUGCUUCCUGGCGGCGUCCAGCGCCGCGGCCGCCCCCGGCUCCAGUGCCGCGCUGGCGCGGCUGUCGCUCGACGCGCUCGGCCGCCUCGACGGGAGCUGGGCGCGGCUGAGGCCGUGCGACGUGCAGUUGCUCUUCCGGUCGCCCGGGGACGUCUCCGAGGCCGCGCGGCGGGCCCUCGCUCGCAUCGGCGAGGUCCAGAGCGUGCGCACCCAGAUCGCCAUCCUGCUGGCGGCCGAGGGCCACGCGGACGCCGCGGCGGGCUUCGCGGCCGUGGCGGGCCGCCUGCGGGGCCUGCCGCCCGCGGAGCUGUGCGGCGCGGAGGCGGCCCUGCGGCGCGGCGGCCCCGGCGAGCCGCCGUCGGGCCACGCCGCCAGGCUGCUCUCGGAGCUCCGGGAGCAUGCGUUCCGCGCCACGCUGAGGGCCAGCGUCCCGUGGUGCCGCACGCCAGCGCGGGGCUACGUGCG